AUGGCGCCUGCUAGGCGGUGUCAGUCACCGCGAACGACCGGCCGCCGCGCGGAGCAGCGGAGCAACGGCGCAAACGGCGGCGGAACGGGAGCGCCGCCCGCCUCCGCCCCGCCGCGGGGCACGGGGCGGCCCGAGGCGGAGCAGCUCCUGCUGCACCCGGAGCUGCUCUCGGAGGAGUUCCUGCUGCUCACGCUGGAGCAGAAGAAUAUACCAGUUGAAAAUGAUGUAAAGAGGGACAAGGAUGGACUCACUGACCUCUAUGUUCAACAUGCUAUACCACUGCCUCAGCGGGACUUACCGAAAAACAGAUGGGGAAAAAUGAUGGAAAAGAAAAGACAGCAAAAUGAGUUGAAAAGUGAAAAUAAAAGUGUUACAGCAGUGGAAGGCUUAAGGAAACGGCCGUUAAUUGUCUUUGAUGGCAGCUCAACAAGCACAAGCAUAAAAGUGAAGAAGACUGAGAAUGGAGCUGCUGAUCGCCUGAAACCUCCCCCAGCUGGAAGCACCACCAACACUGUUAGAAGAUUAUCAGUUCCUUCAAAUGCCUCAACAUAUAUUUCAGCUUCUAGUUUAUCAGAGGACGCUAAGAUGGAAUCUGGGAAUAAUGAGGCUAAGCAGAACAAUAUUUCAAAGACUAAUAGCAAUGUAUUGGCUAGUUUGAAGGUGUAUCCUUUGUCUGCAGUAGCUGGAACUACAGUUGUGAAAUUAAAGAGAGCUAUUCCAAAAGAAGAUUCUGAUUUGGGGAAUGACCUAAAGCCUACAGAAGCGAAGAAGAAAAUCCAGCAUGUUACAUGGCCAUGAAGUAGCAAAUGGUGCUCAAAACAAAUAUUGCUUCCAUAUUUUUGAUCAGAUAAGUCAUAUUUGAACCGUUUAAUUCACUUAUUUUUAGACUUUACAGGGAUUGAUUCAGCUUGCCGUGAAGUUUUAACAAGUUUAAAACUUCCCUAUGGUAAAACUGAAGUCAUUAUCACCAGUCACCUUAAGAGUGUCUGCU